AAUUCGAAAUAAUUAUUUAGGGUAAGUGGGGAUAACCUUUAGUGGACUUAGAGGUUUGGUUGUCAUUUGUCAUUUUGUUUGCAAGCGAAACUAAGGAACACAGUGACAGUGUAGAAUCCGGCGAAUUCUUCGAAAAUCUCUAAUUAAACAAAUAAAUCAAGAUGUUCCUGACCAGAAGCGAAUACGACCGUGGUGUAAACACCUUCUCGCCGGAGGGUCGUCUCUUCCAGGUGGAAUAUGCCAUUGAAGCAAUUAAACUUGGCUCAACUGCUAUUGGAAUCAGCACUAAUGAGGGAGUUGUUUUGGCUGUGGAGAAGAGAAUUACUUCACCACUCAUGGAGCCUACCACCAUAGAGAAGAUUGUUGAGGUUGAUAAACACAUUGGGUGUGCUGUUUCUGGGCUUAUGGCUGAUUCUAGGACUAUGAUUGAUAGGGCAAGAGUAGAAUGCCAAAAUCAUUGGUUUGUCUACAAUGAGAACAUGACAGUGGAAUCCUGCGCCCAGGCGGUGUCGAAUCUUGCAAUUCAAUUCGGCGAUUCCGACGACGAUGGUUCUGCGAUGUCUCGUCCCUUCGGUGUUGCUAUUCUUUUCGCUGGUAUCGAUGAAAAAGGCCCCCAACUCUAUCACAUGGACCCAUCUGGUACUUUCGUGCAAUUCGACGCGAAGGCGAUCGGUUCCGGCUCUGAAGGCGCUCAACAAAGUCUGCAAGAAGUUUAUCACCGCAGCAUGACUCUCAAUGAAGCCACCACUUCGGCGCUGACUAUUCUAAAGCAAGUCAUGGAAGAGAAGUUAAACUCUUCCAAUGUGGAAGUCAUGACAAUGACACCAAAGGAUUUGUUUCAUAUGUUCACUAAGGAGCAAGUUGAAGAGGCCCUCACGCAAGUCGCUUCAGUGGAACAAUCACGAGGCGACUUGACGAGCACAUCUACCACUAAAACAACUGCCUGAAUUAAAAUACUUGUUGAUGCAAGUUACGCAUACUUAAGUAAGGUCAUAUUGUUUGGUUUAUAUAAUAUGCAUUGUAUUUUUUAAUAAUAAUAAUAAUUACUUGGUCCACCA